CUGGAUUCCAAACCUCAUUCUUGUUCAUGAAGAAAAAUAAACUGCUGACAGCCUUUGACAAUGUCACUUUCGUAAUUUCGUUGUGCGUGAAAUUGUCAUUGAAACACUGACUGAAACAAGAGGCAAUUUGCCAGAUUUUGUACGUUAUUUUCCUUACUGGAAACAAAAUUAGAAUUAAUCUUUAUGAUUAAAUUAAAUCUAAUUAUUUGAUGAUAUGGUGGCAUCGAUUCAUAGUGGUGUUUGUUGAAGUUUGUGUCGAAUCUUCGAGUUUAUUUAUGUUUCUUAGCAGAUCUUAACACUCUAUGUACAAAUGAAAUGCAAUAUUCGUGAACUUGCUCAAUUGAGCGACCAACCUUGUGUGAUAGAAGGAAGAUUAAACUAUAAAAAGAUUUCCAAUGGCAGUUAUCGCAAUCAGACAGUGUUCAAAGAGAGAUGGUUUCGGCUGAUUAACAAUUAUUUAUUUUAUUUCAAAAUAAGUGAAAUGGGGAAAUUUGAUACAAAAUGUCCUGCUGGGAUGUUUGUAUUAGAGAAUUCUUCCAUACAAAUGGAACAUGGGCAGAGCAUACCAUUUUCAUUUUCUAUUUCUUUUAUAGAUGAACCAGAAAAAAGACAUGUAUUCGCAGCCCGUGCCGAAGAUAAUGUGGUUCAAUGGGUCAUGAAACUAAGGCAGAGCUCAUAUGAAUAUCUACGUAACAGACUUCAUGCACUGCAGUCUAAAAUAUAUGCAAUUACUGGAAAGGAUCCUCUCCUCCUGGUACCAAGAAAUGAGGGAGCAUGUUUGUGGGCUCCAUCAGUACCAUUCUCAACAGCUCCUGCUUGCACUGUCAACACCAGUUCAUUCAGUUGCCAUCUCCACACAAAUGGCGCGUUUACACUCGAAAGAAGCAAAUCAGAUGUUCAGGCUCAUAAACAUUUUCAUGCAGAAUACUCUCAAAAAUCUACAUUUUAUACUGAUGACUAUAAAAAGGUUACUGAGAAACGAGAGCAUUCCAAUGAAGUCUAUUCACUCGAGAGAAGCAAAACAUCAGCUCUUUUACCUGGUAGUGCAAAUCCGAUUGACAAGACUAUAUUUGACAAUCGUCCGCUCUACUCCAGAGCUGCUCCGAGUCCACCUGUCAGAACGAAGUUAUCACCUAGCAGUCGACGUGUUGAAAUAAAUCAAGAUGUAAAGGUUUUUGCUGAACAGAGUAGAAAUUUAGGUAUAACAGGUAUUCUCGAUGAAGCUCCAAUUCCCCCUAGAAGAAAAGUGUCACCAAAAAAUGUAGAAAUACAAAACCCUACUAUUGAGAUUACUACCAAUUCUGCCAGCACAACUGUUGAUGACGGCAGUGACGAUCUGAUUAAAUUUUAGUGUAACCAGUAGCUGGAAAUGAAUCCCACCUAUUUAUAAUUAUUAAUUAUUUAAUAACUUGCCAGUUGUAAGUUAAUUGCGAUGAUGUUUAGCUGGUAAUUUGAAAUAUAUUUCAAUAAAUACAUUCAUCUAUGAUUAGAAAUUAUGAAU